AGAAAAGAGGGAGGGAAGGGAGGACUGAGAGGAGAACGUCUAGUAAGUAAACUCCUUCACUCACUCACUCACUCACUCCUUCUCAGCUAGUGGUGUCCAGGACUGCAACACUGUUUGUCACCAGAUUGGACUCUCCAGAUACGAUGAUACGCAUCGUGACCCUCUGCUUGAGCGCGCUCCUCCUGCUCGCACUCUGCCAGCCGGGAGAGCCACAGCGGCAGACCUCAGCGCGCCGCUCAGCCCGCGCUCCUGCCCCCAAAGUGCGUCUGGCGGGGAAUAGUGCACGAGAAGUGAACGAGGGACGAGUGGAGGUGCUGCACAACAACACGUGGGGAACUGUUUGCGAUGACGAGGUGGACAUCAAGCUGGCCAAUGUGGUGUGCCGCGAGCUGGGCUUCCAGACUGGAAUCACGUGGGCACACAGCGCCAAGUAUGGUCAAGGAGAAGGCCCCAUAUGGAUGGACAACGUGCGCUGCGAGGGCUCGGAGGCGUCCCUGAGCGACUGUAAUCACAACGGCUGGGGGGUGAACGACUGCAAACACAAAGAGGACCUGGGCGUGGUGUGCACCCCCGAGCGCCGGCUGGACCCCACGGCCGCCAGGGCCAACUCCGUGGCCCUGCGGCCCCACGUCAGCCCCUCGCCCCACUGGCAGAGCAUCCUGGCCAGCCGCCGGAACCCCUACCAGGGCUACUACGGCAACGGGCACCCCCAGGAGCUGCCCCGGUUCCACCGGCCCCCGCACCACUACCAGCGCCAGAGCCGGGUCCAGAUCGAGGAGGUCCGUUUGCGGCCGAUCCUCAUGGCCACAAAGAAAAAGACGCUGGUCACGGAGGGAGUGGUGGAAGUGAAGCAUGCUGGGAGAUGGAGGCAGGUGUGUGACCUGGGCUGGAACCUCAACAGCAGCAGAGUGGUGUGUGGGAUGCUGGGCUUCCCCCAGGCCACCCAGCACAACAUAAAGACCUACAAGAAAAUCUGGGACACCAAGGUCGCCGAUCCCUCCACCAGACUGAGCAUCAUGUCGAAGAAGAAGGGCUUCUGGGUGGAAAAGGUGCAUUGCAUGGGCACUGAGAACAGCCUAUCAGAGUGCCACACGCAGCUGUCCUUCGCCCGAAGCCCCUCCCCUUGCAAGAACGGCAGGCAUGCGGUGGCCAAGUGUGUAGCGGGACCCCAGUUCGCACGCAUGUCCUCUGGAAGGCCGCAGGCCCCCGACCCCAUCGUGCCCGUGCGUCUGAAGGCAGGGCCCAGGCUUGGUGAGGGUCGUGUUGAGGUCCUGAAGGAAGGGAAAUGGGGCACCAUCGUGGACCACCUGUGGGACAGGACAGCGGCCAGCGUGGUAUGCAGGGAGAUGGGCUUCGGAACCGCCAAGGAGGCCCUGAACGGAGCCUUCAUGGGCCAAGGUACCGGUCCCAUUCACAUGAACUCUGUCCAGUGUCUUGGGAUGGAGAGAUCCAUCCUGGACUGCUUCUACCAGGAAGUCCCCCUGUGGACGUUCAAACACAACCGGGACUCUUCAGUGCGCUGCAACAUUCCUAAGACGGGCGCGGAGCCAACGGUGCGCUUGUCUGGGGGCCGACUUCCAGGGGAGGGCCGCCUGGAGGUGUUGAUGGAGGUGGACGGCCGGAAGCGCUGGGGGUCCGUCUGCAGUGAGAGCUGGGGCAUCAACGAGGCCAUGGUGGUCUGCCGUCAGCUGGGGCUGGGCUUCGCCUCCAGUGCCCACCAGGAGACCUGGUACUGGACCGGGGACCCUACCGCGGCCGAGCUGGUGCUCAGUGGGACGCACUGCGUGGGCACCGAGCUGUCCCUCCAGCAGUGUCGCCGCAACACCCAGCUGCACUGUCCGCGAGGAGGCGGGACCAAGGCGGCGGGCGUCACGUGUUCAGAGACCGCCCCGGACCUGGUGCUGGACGCCCAGCUGGUGCAGGAGACGGCCUACCUGGAGGACAGACCGCUGCACCUGCUGAGCUGCGCCAACGAGGAGAGCUGCCUGUCGUCGUCGGCGGCGCUGAUGACCUGGCCCCACGGCCACCGCCGCCUGCUGCGCUUCUCCUCCCGCAUCAUGAACCUGGGCCGCUCCGACUUCAGGCCCAAGGCCACCCGGGAGAGCUGGACCUGGCACCAGUGUCACAGGCAUUACCACAGCAUCGAGGUGUUCACACACUACGACCUGCUGACCCUCAACGGGACCAGAGUGGCUGAGGGACACAAGGCCAGCUUCUGCCUGGAGGACACCUACUGCCCCGAGGGCCAGCAGAAGCGCUUCUCCUGCUACAACAUGGGCGACCAGGGGAUCUCGGUGGGCUGCUGGGACACCUACCGCCACGACAUCGACUGCCAGUGGGUGGACGUGACGGACGUGAAGCCAGGGGACUACAUCUUCCAGGUGGAGGUGAACCCGGCUCUGGACAUGGCUGAGUCCGACUUCAUGAACAAUGCCAUGAGGUGCCGGUGCAAGUACGACGGCCAGAGGGCGUACAUGUACGGCUGCCACGCAGGCGAUGCAUACAGCGCUGAGAAUGAGGACCUGUUUGAGCACCAGAGGCAGAUCACCAACAACUUUGUGUAGGUGAGCUGGAGAGGAGGGGGGGGGGGGGGGGGCAGAGAGAGAGACUGCUCAGGCCCUGCCGAGGUCACAGGACCUCUACAAGAAAGAAACCUGUUCAAACCAAAUGGCCCCAGUCCAGCUCCCUGAAUGGUGUGGAUGACACCGGCCCCAUCAGAGGUGAGACCAUCACAGAGACGCCGUUCACGGCUAGAGCCCAACGGGGGCUCUGACCUAGUCUGGGCUCCGGUUCAAGUCACAAGUAACGCACCCAAACUACAACGCCUUCUGUGAUGUGGCACCCGGAACACUCUUUAUUUAACUACUCAAGAUUAACUAUGAAUCAUUCCUAACUGUAGCAGCCUUACCUUGGAGACUAUUAGUGAAACACAAUGAUGGGAAUAUUUUUCAAAUAUGAAAAAAAAGAAAACCUGAAAAAUAAGUAAUGUAUGUACUGUAGCGAAAUAUCGUUAGUUACUCCAAUUUACAGGGUACCGAUGGUAUUUGAGAUCAAUAGAUGCUGGAACUCAUGACAUUAUUUGAAUUGUACUUCUCAAUUAUACUGUAUGGUGUUUUUAUUAACCUCACUCCAUUGUAGUUAAACAUUUUUGUAUUAUUUUAAUAACUUUUUAUUGGUAUUUUAUUUUUGGAUUAGGUAUCAUUUGAUUAAUUUAGUAUCAUUUCAUCUUUGGGGUUUUGAAUAAUGACAUCAACUUUGUCUCAUCAAAAUGCAGAAACUCAAAAUGCAACUUCUUUGUGUCCCAAAAAAAUUUGUAUCGAAAACAGCAUGUUUCGCAAAAGCCU